UUUGGGACCUUCUGCCUCUUCUAACUUACUUUUCCCCCCUAAAAUGGUACAAUCUAUCCAGUUUGGCUAUUGUAUUACAAUCUGGAUUUUUGAAAAAAAAUUGAUUCUGAAUAGUGAUAGAACAACUACAUGAGCAGUAUUAGGUUGCAUUUUUUUUAAAAAAACUUGUUGCUAAUGAGAGUUGUUCAGCAUAAACUGAAUGGAAAUACAGAUUUUGUCCCCACUGAGGUGCUUAAAUCGGUUCCUGGGAUGUACCACUUUGGAUAGCAGGUAGAAACUCUCCUGGUUGAACAGUCCUCUGUACAAAUAAAUAAACCAACCCUAAUCCACAGAAGAGGAUUCAUGUGCUGGUAGACUGUUGAUAAGAAUGACUGAAACCUGUGGACUUGCAUGGUUGAAAAGUCUUCUGUAUCUUUAUCAUAGUUCAACUUGGAUGCCGGUUUAUCUUGACUGCAACUAGAGUUUGCGAAUGCUUAUUCCAGCAGUGGACAGAGGCUGCUGUGGCCAUCAAAUAAUGCAACGUUUACUGGCUGGUGGAAGAAGUCACCAUUUUGGUUUUGGCCUACAGAAUGAGGAGAAGCGGAAUCUCUCUCUGGGGGGCCAUGUUGGAUUUGACAGUCUUCCUGAUCAACUUGUCAGCAAAUCUGUGGCACAAGGCUUCAGCUUCAACAUCCUCUGCGUGGGUGAAACUGGCAUUGGCAAAUCCACACUGAUGAACACUCUCUUUAAUACAACGUUUGAAACAGAAGAAGCCAGUCACUAUGAGCAUGCUGUCCGCUUAAGGCCACGGACUUACGACCUUCAGGAAAGCAACGUCCACUUGAAACUGACAAUUGUGGAUGCUGUGGGGUUUGGGGAUCAGAUAAAUAAAGAUGAAAGGCCGAUAGUAGAAUACAUUGACACGCAGUUUGAAAACUACUUGCAAGAAGAGCUGAAAAUCCGGCGCUCUCUUUUUAAUUAUCACGAUACAAGAAUCCAUGUCUGCCUUUACUUUAUCACACCAACUGGCCACUCACUGAAGUCCUUGGAUCUGGUAACCAUGAAGAAGCUGGAUAGUAAGGUGAACAUUAUCCCUAUAAUUGCCAAAGCGGACACCAUCUCCAAAAGUGAAUUGCACAAGUUUAAGAUUAAGAUAAUGAGCGAACUGGUCAGCAAUGGAGUCCAGAUCUAUCAGUUCCCCACAGACGAUGAUGCUGUAGCUGAGAUUAACUCUGUAAUGAAUGCUCAUCUGCCCUUUGCUGUGGUGGGAAGUACAGAAGAGGUAAAGGUUGGAAAUAAGAUGGUGCGAGCUCGGCAGUAUCCAUGGGGCGUGGUGCAAGUUGAAAAUGAAAGCCACUGUGACUUUGUGAAACUGCGAGAAAUGCUGAUCCGUGUCAACAUGGAGGAUCUUCGGGAGCAAACUCAUGCUCGCCAUUAUGAGCUCUACAGACGGUGUAAGCUAGAAGAAAUGGGGUUCAAAGAUACUGAUCCAGACAGCCAGCCAUUCAGCCUUCAAGAAACAUAUGAGACCAAAAGAAAAGAGUUCCUCUGUGAAUUGCAGAAGAAAGAGGAAGAAAUGAGGCAAAUGUUUGUCAACAAGGUCAAGGAGACAGAGUCAGAACUGAAAGAAAAGGAGAGAGAUCUACAUGAGAAGUUUGAACAUCUCAAGAGGAUACACCAGGAAGAGAAGAGGAAGGUAGAGGAGAAGAAAAGAGAUCUAGAAGAAGAGAUGAACGCCUUCAACAGGCGGAAGAUGGCAGUUGAAACCCUGCAGUGCCAGUCUCUGCAAGCCACUUCACAACAGCCCCUGAAGAAAGAGAAAGACAAGAAAAAUUAAUCUCACACACAGACUUAUACACCGGAAAUGGACUCUAUACAUUCAUACGUUUUAGUUGCUUGCUUUUCCACCUUGUGAAUCCUUCUGUCAUACCAUUUAUGCAAGUGAAACUUCAUGAAAGACAGAUUGAUCAUCUUCUGCCUUUUUCAGUGAAUGGAUUGGGACCAUCUUGGAUGGUUUAGAAAACAGAAAUACUUGUCUUCUAGAUUCCCUGUGGAAAUGGUUUGCAUGUUUAGUUCUGAAAUGUCAGGAGUUUAAUUUUUUUCCAUCCCAUUAAAUCACCAUUUAUUUAUAAACUGGCCCUAAGCAUACCUAAUACAUUUUUAAAAAAUGAAAUCUAGAGUAAUGAGUUCAUUCUAAAAGUUGCUGUCAUCAAGUUUUUGUUUGUUUUAUUUUUUGACAUUUAUUUUGAUAUAAAGAACACCAAUGUUUUCAUUUUGGUCAACACAUAUAAAUUGAAUGUGUUGGAGUGACACUUUAAAUUUCUUAUUUGAAGGAAACAUUGUUAACUUCAUAACGUGCACACUUACUGACUAGUGUGUUAUUUAAGCAAAACCCUUAAGCAUCUUGUAUGUUGUGUAUAGUAUAUGGUAGUAAUAUAAAAGUAAUAUGUCACACUUUAGCUUUUCUGUUGCUUAUGUGCAUCCUUACUAAACAGGGAUUUAAAGAGAGCUCAUGUUCACUGUAUGCUAUGGGAGAGACAAGUAAUCUCUUUUCUUUUACUUGUUUAUGCUCCUGUCCAAGUAAGUGUUGCAUCCUCAAAUCUAUUUUUGUAAUAACACUUUCCUAGUAAAAGGUAGGGAAAAAGCAGUUAAAAAAAAUAGCAUCUCCACUCUUUCAAGGAUGGCUCUUCUGCCUGUUAAACAAUUGCCAUUUUUAAACCUGUUGAUUUUGACAAUUUUAUGAAGGCUGAAAAGGUGCAUAGGAUUUGAGUAUUUCACUAGCUAAAGACAGCAGAGGUGAGAGGCUCGAUGGCAGUGACAUUGAGAGCAAGCAUUCCAUAUACUUAAAAAUUGGGCAGAGCUGUUAGCUAAAGUAAUCCCUAGGGCACGUAGACAUGAAUACUUUUUACGAUCAUUCCUUUGUACUGAUUUACCUUCUUCAUUGAGCACCUAGAUACACACAUGGUUGUGAAUUGCCUGACCAAAUUCAAAAGUCUCUCUAGAUUCUUGGCUAAAUGAAAAGGUAAAGGCAAAUUGACUUAACCUGCUUUCCCGGAUACAUCAUGAUUUUUUGCCACUUGUUUGGGAAAAAGAUGCAUUUCAAAUGUGGGCCUGUGAAAUGUCUGAAAUAUAAUUUAGUAGUUUCCCAGUUCACUAAGCAGAUAAUCUGGGAAUCUGGAAGGAUUGUACUCAAUGGAUUUGGUUCUGUGUUGGCCGUGGGGAAAUCAUUGGCAUGAAUAAAUUAAUUAUAUUUAUGAGGAUGCAGGACAGCAGCUCAAAGUUUGAACAGGUUUGAUAUGAGCUUGCAGUAAAGUUUUGAAGAACACAGUCCAUGCUUUGUGCAAGUAAUGGUAGGAAAAACCAAAUGCACUGCUAGCUGUUUGAAACAUGAAGGGAUCCUUGAGUGUUUCCUACCAUUUUUUUCCUCCUUUAGCACAUAAAGUGAAAUCGGCUCGCACCUUCAGGAAGGCAGCCAUGGCCCCUAGAAGUCAUGCUUGGGUGUGUGUUUGUGUUUUUAACCUUUCUGUGUGUGUGUGUGUGUGUGUGUGUGUGUGUGGUGAUACUAGCAACUCUUCACAGAUCUUUUUGCUCUGGAAGCAUUUUAGCCUUCCAGUUAAAAUCCCUUUAGGGCUCAUGUACUGCCUCUAUUUAAAAAAAAAAAACAAUCAUGAAAGGCAUUUUACUUGUCUUUCCAAAAGUAGCAUUUAGUUGUAUCGCAGGCCUGAGGUUCUUUGUCUUAUUCAUCCUUUAGAAGUUCUCAGAUAUUGAAAUGCUGUCUUGUAUUGCUUUUUCAUGUAAGGCCAAUGUUAGAAUAUAUUGAAAGUCAUGUUACAGUAUUACUUGAUAUUUUUAAGAGAAAAAAACCUCAUGAAAAAAUAUACAGGUACUUUUUAACAGCAAACCACCUAAUGGUGGUAUAGAAGAUAGUUACACUUUGUUAGGAAUUUAUUAUACUCUUUCUUUCCUUUUUUAAAAGGCUGUGCCUCUAUUAAGCUAAAUAUAUUUUCUAAAAGGUAACUUUCAAAAUAUUAGGGAUGGGGAAUGGCUGUGUACAGGAUCAAAUACAAUGUAUUGUCAUGUAUAUGAUGCCACAUGACUGAUUAAAAGUUGCAAAGCAAACCUUGUUUUCCUUUGUGAAACAAAGAUAAUGUAUAAGCCUAAAGAAUUAAUGCAAAGGAGGCUGCAGAGCAGUAGAAUAAAGUUUUAUCCGAUAUGCAAACUAAGUGCAGCUUGACAGUUUUUCUAGCAGUUGCUAAUGCCAACAAGAUCUUCUAUGCAAAUAUCUUUUUUCUGACAUUCUGGAGCUCAGUUUUUUCCUGCCCAUUUUUGAAAGUUUAUGAAAAUGUGGUGGUAAUAAUUAAAAUAUAAAACAUGUAGAAAACAUGGCCAUAAUGGCAGUAUAUUUCUGAUGAAGACAUUCAGAAUGUAUGUAACAAUAUAUUAAUUAUUUUAUAUAUGUGAGCAUGUGUGUGUGUGUGUGUGUGUGUGUGUGUGUGUGUUUGUGUGUGUGUAUAUACUUCAAGUUGUGCUGAUUUUCAUUUUUAGUGAAAUCCUGGCUUCAUCUUUGCCUCAGUCUCUGGCCAUCUAUUUGUAACAGACUUCCCCCAAAAGAAGUCAUUCUGUUCUUUUUCAUUGGGGUCCUAUUUGGUACUACUUGAUUUGACAUUUUUGUAUGAGACCAAAUGGCAUAUUGUAUUUCUAUACAUUAUUUCUUAUUUAAGAAGUUACAGAUGGUUUAAUGUGAUACUAAUCUUAAAUUAAAUCUUAAAACUAAGUCCAAGAUUCACCUCUCAUGUAUGAGGUAAGAAAAGCAGGAAAGCAUCAGUCAGUUAAAAUUUUCUUGUUUAAUAUAGUUUGACUAAUGGAAAGAUGUAUCUUUCCAUGAACCUUAACUACCUUUUUCUGUUCUCAGAACUUGAGUGUUUUAGCUGGAUAUUCAUUUUGUAGUUUGUGUAUUGUGAUAAAAGCAAAAUGGCAGCUUCUACUCAGAAGGUCCUAUUGAAUGAUACCUGCAAGAUGCCAACAGGAAAACCUAUAGAACUAAUUUCAAGAAAUGUUAACAUGUCACUGUCAUUUUUGUUUUACUAGUUUUUUUAAACAAAGCUUUCACUUUUUUCCAAUUUCCUUUGUACUUCUUUCUUUUUAUUAAAUGUUACAUUUUACUUUGA